UACAUUUCCCAGUCUUCCUUGUGCACGCGACUAACAAGGGUCCAUGCACGUACGCGUAGUCUUAUCCCUGCAUGCAGUCAUCCCUCCGAGCACACACUGUGACGCGAGUUUUCACUUUCAGUUGGGAAACAAAAUGUGCGCGUUACACUGGCUAGUGAGGAGCUCGUCUAAUGUAUGUGCGUUUAUGUGAUUUCCUAACUUCAUGGUGACAGUCAAGUUAUUCUCGCAAUGUUUAUUCUCCCCCUCCUUCUUCUUCUCCUACCCCUGGAGGGGAGGGGGAGGCAGGGGCUCUCAACCCCCUCACAGUUAUCAACUAAGUGGGAGGAACCCUUAUCAAGGGAGGAAAGGGGGCUCAGGGAUAUGUUUGCCACUGUCAUGGGUGUAAGAACUGAUUCUUCUCUAAUAAGGGGUGGCAACAGUACGGGAGAUGAGAGGGGCAUAUUGGAUUUUGUAGCAGAUAUAGCUACCUCCCUGCUGGGGGGUAUAGGAGGUGCCUCGGAUAAAGAUACGGGACCUGUUCUUAUACCAAAUCAUUGUUGGUUUCGAGGUGAUCAGUACGACUGUAACCUAGCAACCACCUGUGUGUUUGGCGGGAACAAGCCUAUGGACCUCUGCAACGGCGGGAUGAUUUGGUCCUGCUGCGUGCCCAGGGAUAAGGUUGAUAGUGUAAACCCUAAUCAAGGAAAAUUAGAAAAUGCUAAAUGUGAGGUAACUAAAAUAAUGUGA